UGUUGCUUUGAACUGAAAAACAGAGGUCUCGGGGUCGUGAGAAGACAGAGAUAACCCUAAUCUCCAAAUCCUUCCUGUCCGGCGACGCCACCAGAUCCCCACCAAAAUCGGAACCCCGUCGUGAUGGGCGACGCCGCCGACGCACCCCGCCGGCGUCGGCUGGACUCAAUUCUCCUCGCCCGGAAACCGCGCCUCACCGACAGCAGGAACGAGACCACGGCCACAGCCGUAUCCAUGGAUGGCUUCACCAUGGCGGUCUCCUUCUGGAUGGCCGACCCGCCGCAGCUGUCCAUCUUCUCCAUCUACUGCUGCCGACCCCCUCAUCUGCAAGCCGGGCCGUACUGCAAUUUCAAAGAUUUGCCACGCGUGGUCGGCGUCGGCGCGGAGGGCCGAUUCGUCCUCUUCCGCGCCGUCUUCGACCGCCGAUACACAUCCGAAUAUUUCCUGUACAAGGCCGGCGAGUCGCCGUCGCUCGAGUGGAUUCCUUCUCCCUACGAGUAUCAUGAUGGCGACCUCCAUGAUCUGCGCGGGGUCAGGGAGUUCGGCGUCCUGCAGCAGCUCGGCGGCCACUAUCUCGUGGCCGCUCUCUGCCUCGACCCGUUGUCGGAUGACUAUCACCUUCGGAUCUACUCGUCCGAGAGAACGUCAUGGAGCACCAGGACACUGCCCAAUCCAUGUCCUGGGGUCGACAGGAUUAUACCCGACAAGGUGAUCACGCUUGGAGAAGAAGGCUUACUAGGGUGGGUUGAUUUGUCACACGGCCUGCUGAUGUGCGACCUGCGUCAAGAUCAUGUGCGUUUCACUUUCAUCCCGUUGCCGGAGCCGUUGCCUGGGAACAGAUACAAACUAAAAGGUCACAUUCCCCCUCCCACCGCAAAGAGAAGCAAAAAACCAGAGGACGAAUCUCACCCAAAUCUCUGGUGGUUUCGGGAUCUCGCAUGGGUUGAUGGCGUGCUCAAGUUUAUUGAGAUGGAGAAUCUUGCUCCUGAAAGCCAGAGCGACAAGGGUGAUGUUAUCUACGAUUCAGACUUGAUCAUGUCGCUCGAGCGCAAGGCCGUGGAUUGGCAUUGCAAGCAGCUGUCCAUUGGGGGUGCCUGGAGGGCUGUGACAUGGACUCGGACAGUUUCGUCCAACUGUUGGCGCCAGACAUGUGCUGCCAAUGUCGCUGACAUCUUGGUUGUCGACGGAUCAGCACAUUCAUCUUUGUUGCCCGGGUUAAAGGGCGAAAAGUUGACAUUCAGGGACCUCUACUCAGCUUUCCCCAUCCUGAGCCCGGAUGGUGACGAUAUUCUUUAUCUCAAAUCAAUGGUGGAACCCAGUAAUAAGGAUGGAUGGGCGGUCGCUGUUGACUUAGGAAACAAGGCAGUGAAAGCAAUUGGCAAGUAUUGUCUUCCGGAUGAUUUUUAUUAUAGCUUCCGUCAUGACCCUGAACAUCCUUUCCGUGUCUGUACAUUGUCCCUGGUAAUUGUCUCCAGGCAUAGAAGUCUCAGCGUGUCGCAAGAUCACAGGGGAUGCUAGCAGCUCUUCAAAUUAUCCAAGCAACACCUCAUUCCGUGCGGGUGAGCUCAAUUCCUGCGAACCAAGGAGCAAAAUCCAAAGGUCAUUGGAAUGGGCUCGGAAAAACAAGCAUGCACGAAAUGCUGCUGGGACUUUUAUGCAGAAUGAUCAUAUUUCCCAGCAGCUUGACGAUAAGGUGCUGGAGCUAGAGCAGGAGAUAGAGCAGGAGCUAGAGCGGGGGUGGAAACAGAAGAGAGAGCAGAAGCAAGGUUAAUUAGAAUGCACCAUUUCCAGCCACAACAGCAGUGCUUCAACAAGUGGGAUGCGCCGUGCUACCCCCCUGGACAUUCAGUGUGGCCCCAUCAAAACAAUCUGUCACCGAGGAAAUACUUCAACAAGCCAGACGGACCAUGUGUCCUUGGGUAUGCAUCUUUGCCCCCUGUACAGCUGGGUCGUCACAACUACCAACCUCUGUGGCGCAGCCACCACCAUCAAAACAGCAGUUGACUUCUAGCAGUGAGUUUGGACCUCAUGAGGUAAAGACAUUGGUGAAGCUUAUGAUAUUCUGAUAUCUCCUCUAUUGACAUGUAGCUCUGGAACAGACCAUCUUCACUUGUUAAAAAUUACUCGCAAGAUACAUAUUCUAAGUAGUACUCCCUCCGGUCCUUUUUACUCCGUGUAUUAGAUUUGUAUCAAGUCAAACUUUGCAAAGAUUGACGAAAUUUAUAUUAAAAAAUAUCAACAUAUACAAUACCAAAUAUAUUAUUAUAUGAAACUACAUUCCAUAAUGAAUCUAAUGAUAUUGAUUUCAUUCUAUGAAUGUUGAUACUUUUUUCUAUAAGUUUGGUCAAAUUAGAGAUACUUUGACUUUCAGCUGAACUUAUUUGCAGACUAGAAAUGACCGGAGGGAGUAAUUCUCUCACAUGUGCUGUCAUGCCGAUGGACCCAACUUGACAUGUUCCGUGCAUUUUUUAAUUAUUUGUUUUGAAAGUAAAAGAGGGAAACAAACUAUGGGCACCAAGUUUAAAAAUAUGUAAUCAGUAAGUCUAAAAGCAACUGCAUUAUUAUAGUAAAUUCAUUAUUUGAGUUCAUUGGAAUAUAAUAAGCAACAAAGAUGAAAUUAUCUAUUUCUGCUGUGAUGUGCUACUUUUGACGUGUUGCCUAGGUGUCUGUUUUUUCAUCAUCUUACUACUAUAAGUUGUUAAGAUUUCAGGCACCCCAGCCAUGCUUCAACAAUUGCAGUGGAGCCAGCUACCAUGGGUAUUAACAACAAUUUUCUGCCCCUAACUCAUUUGCCUAUGGCGCACACACCUGCUAUGCCAGCUACCAACACCAGUGGCUGCAACUCUUACUUUGGAGCUGCCUAUUGGUGCGUUUUGGCAGCAUUCACCUCCUGUGGUGCAGCGUCAGCCAACACCUAGUGAGAUAAAAAAAAAAGCACUGAAAAAACCUGUGUUUGCUGACAUGUUCCUCUUUUAGACAGUAGACAUGGAGUGAAUCUCUCAUUAAGAUUACUUUUUCAAGAUGGUCAUUCUUGCAAGUAAUUCUGGGCUUGUUGCAUAUGCAAAACCCUUGUGUGUUUCAAACUGAAAUUUAAAGAGGGUUACAUAGUGUCAAGACUCAAGACUAUGUAAGGUAAUAUCCUCUCAUAGUUUGACAUUGUUUCUUGAAACAUAAACGUAACCAUUUUGCUGAAAUGUGAGCACGUAAGGAAAGGUGCUAACUUUUCAAAAAAGAGGAGGAAUCCCAUCGAAAGGAGCGAAUGCUGGAGAAAUGUGUGGUAAGGUUGAUGGGGAGCCUGGAGUGGCCAAAUGAAGUGUAGAUGCUGAACUAAGGAAACUAGUCAACAUUUAAUAUCCUCUUUCAGUUGAUUGUGCUGAAAAAUAUAUAAUAAAAAUAUGGUUAAUCCUAGUAACUCGAAACAUGUGCAUUAUUUGUUACCAUAGAAAAGUUUCGGGAGUUGUGGUUUUAGAGAAGAGGUGACAUGUGGCAUUCUCUUGCGGAACAUUUUUGUUGUUGACUAAUUAGUUGAUUUUGCCGUGCAGUGAUAUUACUGGCUAGAUUUGACUGGAUCAAUGGCUAUGCUCAGGUGAGAGUAUGGUGUAAAUGUUUAAGCUUUCUGUGUGUGUACUAUCGGGAAUUUGUUUCUACCUGAACAGUCAUCUUCUGAUAGAUACGCAUCAGAUAAACAUGUCUUGUGUUAUAGUCUCACAAUAUUUCUUGAAUAGAAGUGGAAUAAUUGACUGAAAAAUAUUUUCA